AUUUUUGGUGCUAAACUAGUAGUAUCACUUAACCCCGUGACACUAGGUGUAUUAGCUUCAGAAUCUCAAGAAACUGAAAAACCAUCUAAGUCUGAAUCAAAGACUCAUAAUAUUCCUGAACAGGAACCAGAACCUGUGAAAAAAUCAGAAGAAGAGCUUAAGAAAGAAGCAGUCAAAGAAAAAAAAAUCUUGUUGGAUCCUACUAAUGUUUCUAUUCUGACUAAUAAGGCAGAUGAUGCAAUUAAAUAUUACGGCAAGCCGCUAGCUGAACAUCGAACACCCGAAAUACUUACUAAAUCUAAUGAAAUUCAAAAGCUAAAAGUCAAAUGUGAAAAAGAAUCAUACUAUAAUCCAGAGCUUUUUGAAAAAGCUCAAGAAGCUGGAAAUAAACUUUUCAAAAAAAAUGACUUUGCAAGCACUGUGCAACAAUACACAGAAGCAAUUAAACAUAAUAAAAACGAUCCAAAAUUUUAUAGUAAUCAUGCUGCUUGUUAUACAAAACUAAUGGUAUUCCAAGAAGCAUUGAAAGACUGUGAGACUUGUAUCAAAAUUCAAGGGCAUAUGAGAAAAUGUCAAGAAGCAAUGUAUUAA